GAGAAGUUCAGGCACAGAAGGAUAGUGGAUAAAAAGAGGCUGCAGCAGGACUGCAGUCUACACUGACAGCAGACCAGGAUCAGGGGGGAGGAUGACCAGGAAUCUGCUGCUGCUGCUGGCCUCUCUGGCCUUGGCCGCUCUGAUGUCUCCGGCUGAUGGAGCUCCAUUGAAAGUGAUGUCAGCCCCUAAUUUAUUGCGAGUGGGAACAGCUGAGAACAUCUUUGUGGAAUGUCAAGACUGCACUGGAGAAGACCUCAACGUCAAUAUCAGCGUGAUGAACUAUCCGACCAAAUACAAAACGCUGGCAUCCACACUUGUCACACUCAACAGUGCAAAUAACUUCCAGCAGAUCGGACAAAUAAUGAUCCCCUCUGCAGACUUCAGUAAGGAUCCCAGAAUAAAGCAAUAUGUUUAUCUGCAAGCUCAGUUCCCCGGUCAGCUGCUGGAGAAAGUAGUCUUGGUGUCCUUCCAGUCUGGAUACAUCUUCAUCCAGACCGACAAGACCCUCUACACACCUAACAGCUACGUCUCUUACAGGAUGUUUGCGGUGACGCCCCAGAUGGAGCCUGUGGAGAGAGAUGAGGAUGAUGGUUAUGCUGCUAUUAUCACCAUUGAGUUUGUGGCCCCUGAUGGCAUCAUUUUACCAUAUUAUCCAGUUUCUCUGAAAUUAGGCAUCCACUCUGGACGAUACAAACUCCCUGAAAUUGUUAGUACUGGAGUGUGGAAGGUAGUGGCGAAGUUCUACGGCAACCCACAGCAGAGCUUUUCUGCACAUUUUGAGGUCAAAGAAUGUGUGCUUCCCAGCUUUGAGGUCAAACUGGAACCUAAGAGCUCCUUCUUCUACGUGGACAGCCAAGCGCUCACUGUUGACAUCAAAGCUGAGUAUCUGUUGGGUGAGCCAGUGCAUGGGACGGCCUACGUGGUGUUUGGUGUUAUGUCUGAAGGAGAGAAGAAGGGAUUUCCAGACUCUGUUCAGAGAGUGCCAAUCACAAGUGGUGAAGGAUCGGUCACACUGACGAGGGAGCACAUCACAAGCACUUUCAGAAACAUCCUGGAACUUGUGGGGAAGCCCAUAUUCGUAUCUGUCAGUGUGCUGACUGAGAGCGGUAGUGAAAUGGUAGAGGCAGAGCUGAAAGGAAUCCAGAUUGUCACAUCACCCUACACCAUCCACUUCAUAAGAACGCCCAAAUAUUUCAAACCUGGACUGUCCUUCGAUGUUGGGGUUGAAGUGACAAAUCCUGAUGGCUCUCCGGCAGCAGGUGUUCCAGUUGUGGUCAGUCCUGGUGAAUGGCAGGGCAAAACCACAGCCAAUGGCAUGGCAAAGCUUACCGUAAACGCAGCAGCUUCAGAUUCAAGACUGGAAAUCAUUGCAAAAACCAACGAUCCUAUGGUUUCAGCUAACAGACAAGCAGUAGCCAACAUUACAGCUCAGUCAUAUCACACCACAAGCAAUAAUUACAUUCACAUAGGGCUGCAUUCUGCUGAGCUGCAAUUAGGAGACUACAUGAAAAUGAGCCUCCACCUCAACAGGCAGUCAAAUCACGCCACUGACAUCACCUACCUGAUCCAGAGCAGAGGUCGGCUGGUGAAAGCUGGGCGUUACAGGACGAGAGGCCAAACGGUGAUUUCCCUGACUCUUCCCAUCACCAAAGAAAUGCUCCCGUCGUUCCGCGUUGUCGCCUACUACCAUCCAAGUGACAAUGAAGUGGUGUCAGACUCUGUUUGGGUGGAUGUGAAAGACUCCUGCUUGGGCUCGCUGAAGCUGGAACCAGCCAGAGCUGCUCUGUCCUAUGAGCCUCGCAGGAGAUUCAUUCUCAAAAUCACAGGAGACCCAGGGGCCACAGUGGGACUGGUGGCAGUGGACAAAGGCGUCUACAUGCUAAACAACAAGCACCGUCUCACCCAGAAAAAGGUGUGGGACAUAGUGGAGCAGUACGACACCGGCUGCACAUCAGGUGGAGGGAAGGACGGUAUGAGUGUUUUCUUUGAUGCUGGGCUGCUGUUUGAGUCCAACACUGCUUCUGGGACAUCUUACAGACAAGAGUUGAAAUGUCCGGCCCCUGCCAGGCGAAGACGAGCUGCUGCUGUAAUGGAUGUCACAACCAGUUUAUUGAGUCAAUAUAAAGAUGAUCUAGAGCGUGACUGUUGUUUGGAUGGCCUGAGAGACACCUCUGGUUCAUACACCUGUGAGAGGCGCAGUGAGUACAUCUUGGAAGGCGCAUCUUGCGUCAACGCCUUCCUGAACUGCUGCAAGACGAUGGAAAAUGAGCGAGCUGAAAGGAAGGAGGGCAAUCUUCAACUGGCUCACAGAGGGAGACGGAAAAAAAGAGAUGAGGAGGAGGAUGACAGUUACUUGUACAGCGAUGAGAUUAUUUCUCGCACACACUUCCCUGAAAGUUGGCUGUGGGCAGAUAUCGUGCUGCCUCCUUGUCGUCAAGCCAACUGCGAGCACACAUCAGUUGUGAAAAAUGUUCCUCUGCAAGACUCCAUCACGACCUGGCAGUUCAUUGGCAUCAGUCUGUCAAAAACUCACGGAAUAUGUGUUGGCGAUCCAUUAGAGGUAAUUGUUCGGAAGAAAUUCUUCAUUGAGCUCCUGCUGCCUUAUUCUGCUGUCAGUGGAGAGCAGCUGGAAAUUAAGGCAAUCCUCCACAACUACAGCCCAGAUAACAUCACUGUGCGUGUUUAUCUGAUCGAGGAGGAGAAUGUGUGCAGUGCAGCCUCCAAACAUGGGAAAUAUCGUCAGGAAGUUGCUGUCGGACCUCAAACUACACGGUCUGUACCCUUCGUCAUUAUUCCCAUGAAGGAUGGAGAACGCGGCAUCCAGGUCAAGGCAGCGGUGAAUAAUUCAUACCUCAGUGAUGGAAUCAGGAAGAUGCUGCGGGUUGUGCCUGCAGGCGUACUGGUUAAAUCUCCUCAGAUCGUUGUUCUAGAUCCCACUAAUAAAGGCAAUGAUGGUAAACAAGUAGAAAUUCUGAAUAGUGGAAUUCCCAAAAGUGAUUUGGUUCCAAACACGCCUGCUAGCACACAAAUCUCUUUGACAGGCAGAAAAGAAGUUGGUACACUGGUGGAGAACGUCAUUAGUGGGAGAUCAAUGGGUUCUCUGAUCUACCAACCCUCCGGACCAGGAGAGGCGAACAUGAUCCACAUGACUCUGCCUGUCAUUGCAACGUUGUAUUUGGACAAAACCAACCAGUGGGAAACUGUAGGCUUUCAGAAGCGUGAUGAAGCCCUCCGAUACAUAAAAACUGGCUACUUGCGUGAGUUGGCCUACCGUAAGACGGACGGCUCUUUUGCUCUCUGGCCUAGCCGUGCAAGUACCACCUGGCUGACAGCCUACGUUGUCAAAGUGUUUUCUAUUGCCUACACUGUGGUGCCAGUGCACAGUCAAGUCAUCUGCGACGCUGUCAACUAUCUGAUUCUCAACACACAGCAGCCUGACGGCAUGUUCAGAGAAGUGGGGAGAAUAAUCCAUGUGGAGAUGAUUGGUGACGUGGCCGGUUCAGAUUCAGACGCCUCCAUGACGGCCUUCUGUCUCAUCGCCAUGCAGGAGUCACGCACAAUAUGUGGCCGCACAGUUAAUAGUUUGCCAAGCAGCAUAGACAAAGCAGUGGGCUACCUGGAGGGGCGACUGCCGCACCUCACCAACCCUUACGCUGUUGCCAUGACGUCUUAUGCUCUGGCCAAUGAGAACAAACUGAACCGGGAUAUCCUGAAUAGGUUUAUUUCCCCAGAGCUAAACCACUGGCCUUCACCUAGGGGACAUGUUUACACACUGGAGGCCACAGCUUACGGUCUUCUGGCUCUGGUCAAGGCCAGGGCAUUUGAAUAUGCUAGACCUGUUGUGAGAUGGUUCAGCCUGCAGAAUAAGGUGGGAGGAGGCUACGGAUCAACGCAGGCCACUAUAAUGGUGUAUCAGGCUGUAGCAGAGUACUGGUCUGCUGAUAAAGAAGCAGAGUAUGAUCUCAACGUGGACGUCUUUCUGCCUGGCAGGUCACAUCCUGACAAGUUCAACUUCAACGCUAACAAUCACUACGCUACAAGAACAUCUACAUUUUACGGCAUAAACCAGGAUGUGAACGUGACCGCCUCAGGAACAGGAGAAGCAACGGUGACAAUGGUGUCACAGUAUUAUAUUUGGGCGACAGAAAAGGAGAGUGACUGUGAGAAGUUUAACAUGUCAGUAGAGCUCAUUCCAGUGAAAAUGGAUGAGGAUGAGAAGAUAUACAAGCUGAAAAUAGAGGUCUUGUAUAUGGACAGAAAGCAAGAUGCAGCCAUGACCAUCUUGGACAUCAACUUGCUGACAGGCUUCACUGUUAACACACAAGACCUGAACUCGUUGUCUAGAGGACGAGCCCGCACUAUUGCGAAAUAUGAGAUGGACAAAGCUCUGUCAGAAAGAGGCUCACUCAUCGUCUACCUGGAUAAGGUUUCUCGCGUACGGCCAAAGGAGGUCACUUUUAGGAUCCACCAGACGCUGAAAGUGGGCGUCUUACAACCAGCAGCCGUGUCUGUCUAUGAAUACUAUGACCAAGCAAAAACUUGUGUGAAAUUCUACCAUCUGGAGAGGAGAGCUGGACAGCGGCUGCGACUCUGUAGAGGCGAUGAAUGCACAUGUGCUGAAGAGAACUGCAGCAUGCAGAAGAAGGGUAAAAUCAGCAACGAUGAGCGCACAGUGAAGGUUUGUGAGAAUACCACGAUCAGCAAAAUCGAGUUUGCAUACAAAGUCAGAGUGGAAGAUCUAGCAGACCAUUUGUACACAGACCGCUACUCAGUGCGGGUUCAGGAAGUCAUCAAAGGAGGAAGUUUAGAUGCCGCUCCUCUCAAUGAACUUCGCAUUUUCAUCAGUCACCAGCAUUGCAGAGAAGCUUUAGGUCUGCAAAAGGGCAAAACCUACCUUGUCAUGGGUUCAUCCGAAGAUAUUCACAGCGAUGACCAAAGGCAAACGUUCCAGUACGUGCUCGGUGAGAGAACCUGGGUCGAGUACUGGCCGACGACAGCGGAGUGUCAGCUUGAUGCACAUCGACUUACCUGUCUGGGACUUCAGGAGAUAGUCUUUGGAUGUCAGUCGUGAAACUCAAGCGAUUAAAAUGUUCUUUUCAUUUUUUUAAAAAUUUUGCAUCUUUUUACAGCAAUGGGAACUGGAGCUAAAUGUGACUUUGGAGGAUUAUGUCUGGAGAAAUAUCUGCUCAGGUUGUCAUCGUGGUGUGGGGAGUCAGGUCUGGAAAGAAUUUGACUGGAAAACGAAAAUAAGAUUUUUCAGAACUCCGUUAAAGACUUUUCUUUCAAAAACCAGUAAAAGUAACACAUGUUGGAGAAACUGUGGCUUAGUGGGCUUUCUGGGACUGUCCUGCUAUUUGAAAUUAUUGGAAGAACAUUAAGGACAUACUGGAAAAACAUCUGAAAGUGAACCUCUCUUGGGAGCCUUUAAUAUUUUUAUUGGACAUCUUUCCGGACAGUUUCUCUCAUGACCAAGAAUAUCUGCUGCAUCUAAUGUUAAUGACUGCAAGAAAAAUGAUAACAAUAUGUUUGCUGAAACCUGAGCCACCGACAAUUACACAAUGGACACAAAAAACGAGACAAGUUUUCUUGAUGGAACAGCUGACAGCACAACUGCAACUAAAAACCCCUGUUUUUGAGAGGAAGUGGGGGCCAAUGACAGAAUUCCUGUCGUAGGACUCAACCUAUGCCUGUAUUUUCUUUUUCUUCAUUUUGUGUCUGAUUUUGUAUUUGGUAUGAUGCCCAGUCUCAGGACAAUGUUAAUGUUUUUGUUUAUGUCAUUGCCCUGUUAUAUGGCAAUAAAGUUCUAAAAAAAAUUUUUUGCAUCUUUUUACGAUGCAGGGACAUAAAAAAAUGUCAACACAUUGUUAGAAAGUUUCUUGGCUAUGCGUGGUAGUUGGUUCUCGUUCAGUUCUAGACUGACCGUGUUGUUGUUUACUCUGUUAGAUGUAUAGUUCUAGUUCUCUGUAGUCUUGUUCUCCUGCCUAGGUCAAACCUUAGUGGAUUAGUGUCGUCUUCAGUAUUUUUUUUGUAUAGACUGUGGUUAUUGUAACUCCACCAAGUACUCAGUUCUCAGCAGCUUUAAAUUCUUGCACAAUUUAUGCACAAAACCUGAGAAGACACCGGGAUCUAAUAACUGUUUUUCAAAUCCUCCAAUGUAAUGGGAUCUCGUUAUAGUUCUUUUUGUCUCUAUCUGGAUUAAAUUGGACAGAAUGAAGAGUAAUAUUCUUAAAUAGCUGCUUGUUCACCGAUUUGUGAAAAUGUUUUUGUAAAAGUAACUUCAUUAGUCUUCAUCUUUGUUUUGUCCUGAAACCAAAUACUAUUUUCAACAAGGACAGUAAAGUUUCUCACUUAAACGGGAAA